UCCCAGGGCACCAUUGUCCAAAGUUGGAUGCUCAGUCAUGAGAUCGUGUAAGAGUUCGGUCUUCCUCUUGGUCCUUUACCUUCUAGAAGGAGCCCUGAGCAAGUCUCUCAUUCAGCUGAAUAGCAAUGGCUAUGAAAGUAUUGUCAUUGCAAUUGACCCCAAUGUGCCAGAGGAUGAAACACUCAUUCAACAAAUAAAGGACAUGGUCACUGAGGCCUCUCCAUACCUGUUUGAAGCUACAGAGAAAAGAUUUUACUUCAAAAGUGUUUUCAUUUUGAUUCCUGAAAACUGGAAAACAAAGCCUGAAUAUGUCAAACCAAAACUCGAGACCUACAAAAAUGCUGAUGUGGUGAUUGAACCUAAUCAAGCAGGUAAUGAUGACCCCUAUACGGAGCAGGUUGGAAAGUGUGGAGAAAAGGGUGAAAAGAUUCACUUCACUCCUGACUUCAUAGCGGGAAAGAAAUUGAAGGAAUAUGGACCACGAGGCAGGGUCUUCGUCCAUGAAUGGGCUCACCUACAGUGGGGUGUGUUUGAUGAGUAUAAUAAUGAUGAGAGAUUCUACUUAUCCAAAAAGAAACGUGAAGCAGUAAGAUGUUCAACAGGUAUUACUGGAAAAACUGAAGCAAUUAACUGCCAGGGAAACAGUUGUGUUAUUGGCAAGAGUUGCAAAAUCGACAAGUUAACAGGACUAUAUGAAAAAGGCUGUGUAUUCAUACCUCACAAGCAACAGACUGUGAAGACUUCCAUAAUGUUUGCACAAAGUAUUGAUUCUGUGGUUGGGUUUUGUACCAAAAAAAACCACAAUAAAGAAGCCCCAAACAUGCAAAACCAAAAAUGCAAUCUCCGGAGCACAUGGGAAGUGAUCAGCGAAUCUGAGGACUUUAAGAAGACCACUCCUAUGACAACAAAGCCACCCAACCCCACCUUCUCAUUGCUGCAGAUUGGACAGCGAGUCGUGUGUUUGGUUCUUGAUAAAUCUGGAAGCAUGGCGGGUGGUGACCGCCUUAACCGCAUGAAUCAGGCAGGCAAGCUCUUCCUGCUGCAGACCGUGGAGGACGGGUCCUGGGUUGGGCUGGUGACAUUUGACAGCCGUGCCCAAGUGCAAAGUCAACUCAUACAGAUAAAGAGCAGCACCAACAGAAAUACACUGGCCAAAGGAUUACCCACAACAGCUUCCGGCGGGACAUUCAUCUGCUCUGGCCUUCGAUCAGCAUUUACUGUGAUUAGGAGUAAAUUCCCGACAGAUGGCUCUGAGAUUGUGUUGCUGACGGAUGGGGAGGACAACUCCAUCAGCGCGUGCUUUAAUGAGGUGAAGCAAAGUGGAGCCAUAAUCCACACAGUCGCCCUGGGGCCCUCGGCGGCUGCAGAGCUGGAGCAGCUGUCUCAUAUGACAGGAGGUUUACAGACCUAUGCUUCUGAUCAAGCUCAAAACAAUGGCCUCAUUGAUGCUUUUGGGGCCCUUUCCUCAGGAAAUGGGGUCGUCUCUCAGCGCUCCAUCCAGCUGGAGAGUAAGGGAUCCACCCUCAAGAAUCUUCAGUGGAUGAAUGGCACAGUGACUGUGGACAGCACAGUAGGAAAAGACACUUUGUUUCUUAUCACCUGGACAACACAGCAGCCCCAAAUUUUUCUCUGGGACCCCAGUGGAACAAGACAGACUGGCUUUGUAAUAGACACAGCCACCAAAAUGGCCUACCUCCAUGUCCCAGAUAUCGCCAAGGUUGGAUCUUGGAAAUACAGUCUUCAAGCAAGCUCACAAACCAUCACUCUGACUGUCACCUCUCGUGCCUCAAGUACCACCCUGCCUCCAAUUACAGCGACUGCCAGAAUGAACAAGGACACAGGCAAAUUCCCCAGUCCUAUGGUAAUUUAUGCAAAUAUUCGCCAGGGAACUUCACCGAUUCUCAGGGCCAAAGUCACAGCUGUGAUUGAAUCAGCAAGUGGAAAAACAGACACCUUGGAAUUACUGGAUAAUGGAGCAGGUGCUGAUGCUACUAAGAACGAUGGUGUCUACUCGAGGUAUUUUACAGCUUAUGAUACAAAUGGACGAUACAGUGUGAAACUAUGGGCCCUGGGAGGAAUUAAUACAGCAGGACAGAGAGCAGUGUCCCAGCCAAACGGUGCCAUGUACAUGCCUGGCUGGAUUGAGAAUGGUGAAAUAAAAUUGAACCCACCAAGAUCGGAGAGGAAUAGAAGUAAUGUUCAACAGAAACAAGUGUGUUUCAGCAGAGCCGUCUCAGGAGGUUCGUUUGUGGCCUCCGGCGUCCCCAAAGCUCCGGUCCCUGACCUCUUCCCACCUUGUCAGAUCACCGACCUGCGGGCCCGGCUCCACGGGUACAGCGUCAUCAACCUGACCUGGACAGCUCCUGGCGAUGAUUACGACUAUGGACAUGCUUCCAAGUAUAUCAUUCGAAUAAGUACAAGUAUUCUUGAUCUCAGAGACAAGUUCAAUGACUCAGUUCAAGUGAGCACGACGGAUCUCAUCCCAAAGGAGGCCAACUCCGAGGAAAUCUUCAUGCUCCAACCAGAAAACAUCACUUUUGAAAAUGGCACAGAUCUUUUCAUUGCUAUUAAGGCUGUUGACAAGGCCAACCUGGAAUCAGAACUAUCCAACAUUGCUCGAGUGUCUUUGUUUAUUCCUCCGACUCCAGAGACACCUAGUCCUGAUGUCAUUCCUGUUCCUUGUCCUGGUAUUAGUCUCAACAGCACCAUUCCUGGCCUUCGCAUUUUAAAAUUUAUAUGGAAUUGGAUAGGGGAGUUUCAACUGACACUGGCCUAACACUGAGUUUAUUACAAAAGUAAAAUAAAUCAUCCACGCUAUUGAUUAUAGCAUUUUCUAGACUCUAUUUUAUGCUUCCUUCAGGGGGCGAUAUAACAAAAUGCUAAAUAAGUAGAAACAAGUGUAGAUGUAUUUUUUCCUUUGGAAUCCAAAUAUUUAAUUAUAGUUCAGUCUUUCAAUAAUGAUUUAAAAAUGAUUUUGGAUUCUAGAUAAAACAAUUGCUUGUGUCAAUACAAGAAAGUACCUUUUAAUUCAUUUUUAAGAAGUUUUGCCUGCUAAAAAAGAUAUGCAAUUGUUGUUAACCCAAUAAAUAGCUAAGGAAUUUUGUUUUCAUUUAAAGGUGCCAGAAAUACACAAGCUAAAUUAUACAAAGCAUGAUUUAUAAUGUUUGGGAUUUGGAAUAUGUUUUCAUGUUUCUUGAUUUGAUCAAGGAUAAUACAUUUAUGGAAGGGUUUUACAAUGUAGAAAGCAGAAACAACAGAAGGUUCCAUACACGUAUGUUACAUGCAUGAAAUUAUGUUAGUGAUGCAUAAAGCCAGUGGAAAGAAGUGAGGUGAUAAAUGUCCCUUUGGACCAAGAGGGAGGAGAAAGUAACUGAAAAAUAAACAUUUAUGUGUACCUUGUA